AAAUUUGUCAUUUUUGACAAAGCAAAACAAUACAGACAGGCGAUCAAACGUUUGCUGAUUUGUUCGAUUUUUGGAAGAAAAACUAAAAAGCUAGUAAAAUUAUUGUCUUAUUAAUGUAGCUUACUAAAUUCCUAAUCCAAAGUUUGUCUAGUUAGUUAUAUAUUCAACUGAUGCUGCAUAUCAUACACAAUGGCGAUAACAGUAUUUUUGCUGAGUUUGUUAUUAAUACCUUGUUCAGCAGACAAAAACAGCGAUGGGAACCAAAUAAUAUUUCAUUAUAACAACACGUAUGUGUUCAGUAAAUAUUACACAGUUUAUGUAAAUAAAUACACCGAAUACAUCAUGGAGUUUGCUGGUGAUAACAUAGAGUAUGAAACCCCGGCCAGGGUGUCGGUAGCCAGCGACUUCGCCAACAGAUCAUAUCCUCUCUUCAUAACAGCCAGGCAGCAAAAAGGCGUUUUCUCCUGGCAGCUCCCGAUGCUGGUCCAGACGCCGGUCAGCUUGGAACAGUUCACCAACAUAUCGAGAACCCUCUGCCCUCACACCAAUCAGUUCAGCGAGGAUCAGGAUAAUUGUGAUGUCUCAUCGGGCAACACACCAAUUGUUCACUUGACAUCAUCAUCACCGGAUGAUAUAAAAGUGACAAUAAUGGUGGAAACGGUUCAGGAUUUUUUCAUCAAACUGAAUUCUGUCACAAACCUGACCAGUACUCCGAGUCAGCCGAGGUAUUACUUCUAUCCGUUCAGUCAGUCGGCUGGCACCGAGUUAGACGUACACGCUCAGCAUCUGAAGAAAAAAGUCGCCUGCAAACAGCCAUUAAGCGAAAUCGAACACGACACACUACAGAGGCACUAUUUCGUUCAGAGCAUGGCCGAUAUGGGGAUAGGCAUAAGGUCCAGCUGGUUCUCGCAGUCCAAGAGUGUCGUGGUCAUGAUAGAGUCAGACGAUGACCUUUGCGCUGUGGUGUCAAUACAGAAUUACUCGUGUCCAGUAUUUGAUAACGAGAGAGACAUAUUGUAUGAUGGAUAUUAUUUGACUAUGACACGAAGAGGGGGCAUCACACUAACGAAAGAAACGUUUCCUGUCGGCUUUUACAUAGUUUUCAUUGUGAAGACCUCUGACGACGAUUGUAUGGCGUCGGUCGGAACUAACGCGAGUUUACCCAAGAUGGCGUCUUAUUUCGGUUGGCGGGAAAGCAGGACGUUGAACGUUAGCGGCAACGAUGGGAGGGUGAAGACUUUCAGCUUCACAAUAGUGGAGACGAUAUCUUAUCAGGAAUACAUGAUAGCCGCUGGGGCAGCGUUAGGCUUCUUCCUCAGCUUCUACUUGGCAGCAUUUGCUGCCGUACUGUGUCAGAAGCGGAAGCAGGCUUCUGUGCCGGAAGUCGGUACCAGUGAAGAAGGUCUGACCGGCGCCGCGGUGCAUGAUGACGACACCGCGGCGGUCAGGCGGCGGAGAGUGGUCACCACCAGCGGGGAGUCAUCAUCGCAUUGGGGGAGGGGGGACGGUCAGGAGGUCACUAGACCGGAUGGCGGUAGCUCCUCGUCGGAUACGGAAUCGGAUUUCUCCACGCUGGAUGACGUAAACGCCGAUAAGGAUAUAUAUAUGUUGGGUGGGAAACUAUGCGUUGCCAACUUAGCCAGAUGCCGCCCCCGCGUCCUGUCCGCGCGCUCCAAGAUGUACCUGUGGAACGUGCUGACUGUGGCAGUCUUCUAUACAUUACCCGUCAUACAACUUGUCAUCACAUAUCAGUUGAUGUUAAACCAAUCUGGCAAUCAAGAUUUGUGCUACUUCAAUUUCUUCUGCGCCCACCCUCUCAUGGUUCUGUCUGACUUCAACCACGUGUACUCCAAUCUGGGCUACGUCACCCUCGGCAUCCUGUUCCUGGCUCUCGUGUGGAGGAGGCACGGGUACCAUCUCGCCAAAACUGCCGCUCAGAAGGAGCUAGGCAUUCCCCAACAUUUUGGUCUGCUGUACGCGAUGGGCAUAGCUCUCGUCAGCGAGGGGAUGUUGUCCGCUGCCUAUCACGUGUGUCCGAACGGGAUGAACUUUCAAUUUGACACGUCGUUCAUGUACGUGACGUCAGUGCUGUGCAUGGUGAAGCUGUACCAGGCGCGCCACCCCGACAUCAAUGCGCGCGCGCACGCCACAUUCGGAGUGCUAGCGCUCAUCAUAUUCAUCGGUCUGGUCGGAGUGCUGAACGCGAACCUAUACUUUUGGUUGGCGUUCACAUUCCUCCACCUUUCCACCUGCCUCAUCAUGACAUUCCAAAUUUAUUACCUUGGAAGGUUCAAGUUGGACGCCGCCAUGGUGUGCCGAGCGUGCCGCGAGCUGGUCUCCCGCCCGCUGGCCGCCAUCACUCCCACGCACUGCGGCCGCUGCGUGCUGCUCAUCAUCGCCAACCUCGCCAACUGGGCCAUCGCCGGCUACGGAAUGGCCCAACACAGCCGAGAUUUCGCGUCUCAUCUUCUACUAGUUCUGAUGAGCAACCUGUUCUUGUACACGCUGUUCUACAUAGUGAUGAAACUGUUGAACAGGGAAUCCAUCAGGUGGUACAGUUGGGUAUUCAUAGCGCUGACUUACGGCGUUUGGUUCAGCUCGAGCUACUUCUACUUGGACCAAAGCACCAACUGGGCGUUGACGCCGGCGGAGUCGCGUCGCAACAACCGCGUGUGUUCCCUACUCCAGCUCUACGACUCCCACGACAUCUGGCACUUCCUGUCCUCGGUCGCCAUGUUCUUCUCAUUCAACAUGUACCUCACCAUAGACGAUAAUCUCCAGGGCGUGCCCCGAGACAAGAUUAUGGUGUUUUAAACUCUUUAACUUUAUAUAUAGAGUCGCUUGUGGACCAGACUAAAUUGUGUUAUUUUAAGAUCUACAUAUUAUAUAGGUACUAAGUUUUUCAUUGAAAACUUUAAGUGUUUACAGGAAAAUUAAUAUUUUUGUUUUAAAUAGUUUAACGAAGUUCGUACGGCACCUAAAUCGGUCAAGUAGUUUUCUUUUGAAGUUAAUCACAAUUUCGUUAUUAAAAUUGGUAGCUGAGUUCGCGGCAAACGACUAGUUAAUUAAAAAUAAUCCUAUGUUUAUUUUAUUUGAUAUACGGACAAAAAUAAUCAUAAUGAUGGUAAAGAUUCUCCAUCCUUCACUGUACAGUCACUUUAAGAGAAACAAAAUAUAUUAUAUAUUAUAAAUAUUAUAUAAUAAAUUUAUGUAGAUACAUAAAACUAAAUACCUACAUGUUUAAACUUAUUUAUAAACAAUUUUCUCAGUAGGCGACUAUACUAACAAAGGUGAAUAAAUCUAACCCACACAUGGUAAAAUAAAUUACUUUAAAAAGUAAACAUAUUAAAAAAAUAGCAAUACAUAUAAUAUUAAAAAACAGUGAUAUGAAAAAUAAGAACAAGUAAGAGGAGAGUUAUGAAUGUGGAUGAAGCGAAAGAAGUAUGCAGGGAUCGUGGCAAGUGGAAUGAUGUAGUCCCUGCCUACCCCACGGGGAGAGAGGCGUGAUUGAUGGUUGUAAGUUAGAAGAACAAUCACAUUUUAAAUUGUUUCAAUCAAGGUAGGUAUAAAUUAUUAAUAAUUAAAACAAAUAUUUAAGGAAUUUGCUAAUAACUGAAUCACUCGCAACACUUAUAAUAGAAAAAAAAGUAGGAGAAAUCAUAGUCGUAGAAAAAAAAAAGGACGGAGUGUCGCUUAAAAAAAAGUGAAGCAUCAUAAUGGCGGAUUUGUACGCAUGUGUGGGUGACAGUCAACUUGCAUUCGUGAGAUAAUCUAUGACGUAAUGCCAGCCGACUUUCACACUAUUGGUAAGAGUGUGCGAGUGAGUCGUGUAUAUAUACAGCGGGCAUACUAUUAGUGCUUCAUUUUGCCGUAUUGUAAAACUCCGUCCAAACUUUUUUUCUACGUCUAUGGGAACAAUGUAAGCAAUGAUUUUUGCAUCGUUUUGCCUUGUUAGUAUUUAUAAGAUACCUUUAAAAGGAUUGUAGCUAGUUACCAAAAUUAUUCCUAUUAUCCAUUACAUAAUUAUAAUUAUAAUAUAUAUAUUUCUUGUAUAUAACACAAGAUUUAAAUAUUUUCAAUUACCUUUACUUUUACAGUUGACUGGAUGAGUAUUAUAUUAUCCAAAAUCAAUGACCCUUUAAAACAUUAAAAUAGUAAUUGAAUUUCCAGAAGAUUAACAUUGGAUUUAGCAAAAUUUCGUUGUAUGAAACUUGUAUUUUUUAACAACUAUAUUAGCGUACAGAUUUUGUUAAAAUGUUGUGUAACACGUCCACAUUAUCUGACAUUGUUUAACAACUUUGAAACAUAUAAUGUAACAAUAAUAACCUGUGUAAUAACUUAAUACUUAACAUGUUUAAUAACAUUUAGUGUCCACAUUCCUGAAACAUUGUUAAAUAGUAUUUUUAUUCAAUAAUUGUUAUGUUGUAUAAUGAUGUAUGUACCGUAAUAUAAAAUUCAGGACAAACUAAUGACAAAAUAAUUGGAUGAAAGUGGUGACUCACUGAAAUUUAAAAAAUUUGAAUGUUUAAUUGUUUUGUCAAAUUUAUAAAAAGGUACUGUUCACUCUAUAAUAAUUCCACGACAUAUAUUCCAAGCUAUGACAAUUUAGUGAUGACACAAUAAAUUUAAAACGCGUUUGACGAUUUUAUUAUAGCUUAGUAGACGUUUGAAUGAACGAGUGAAUGAUUUGUUUCGUAAAAAAGGUGUUUAAAAAAGUUAAUAUAAUAUUGUUACAAUUUACGGUCAUCAUUCUCUUAGUUUUAUUCUCGGAGCCCUUUUAGCUUUUUUAAUUUUAUUGUUAAACUCUAAAAGUACUGAACCGAUUUUAAUCAUAUCUAUUUCACAUGUAUCUGUUAACUUAAAAUAAAGAUAUUUGUUUGUUUGGCUGCAAUAUAAAUUUAUUGUAAUUUUUGAAUUAUGGCAACGCGUGGUUCGGAUAUACUACGUAUAUUUUUUAUAUAAUAUAUCAAAUGAUGGAAAUGUAAUUUAUUGUUUGGUUACGAUAUGCAGAGUUCCUUCGCAAAUAAGACUCGGCCAGUAAUUACGCUAGGAGAAUGAUGACAAACAUUUUUGUCAAUUUUCAAUCUUUAUUGAAAUUUUUUACAUUGUGCAAUGGAGGUCUAUUAUUUCAAAUGAAUAUUUUUAGAUGUUUUCGACGGCUGCACAUAAGUAGCUUGUGAGCGAGAAUAAAAUUUGGAACACGCAUGUAAUGUUGAGAGAGAUUAAUGGAAAAUAGCGUAGGCACAACAUUUUUGCAUUUUUAACACGACUAUGUGUUCUUAAGCAUUUUAUGAUGAUACAAAAAUAGACGUCCACAUAAGAACAUCUUUUUUUUAUUUAAGCACCCGAAUUAUUUGAACAAUUUCUACACAUUUAGUGUAUAUUUGAGACACCUCUUUGUUUUAAAUUAUCAGUCAGGCACUUUUGUUAAUAAUUAAGAUAUUAAGUUUAUAUUUUAUUGUAAAUUGCAUACUUUUAGACUGUCCGCAUUUUAACACCCAUUUUAACAUGUGCAAAUUUUUUUUGAGUCACUCUUGAUUCUUACAUAUGAUUUUGUUGAGAAUUUAUUAUAUUUAAUUAUUUACGUUUUUCAUUUGGACUGAUUUACUUUUUUGCUUUAAGUUCUUUUUUAAAGUAGUGCAGUGUAAUUGAAAUAAGGAAAGAAUUUUGAAAAAUUGAUUAUCUUUUAGUACAUGUAAUUGAUCUCUAUUGUAAAUUAUUAAAUUUUAAAAAUAAGAGGCUUUUAGGCAAAAUGAAAGGUGCUAUUUAUGAAUUACGAAUUUCUCUAAAAUAACAUUAUAUUAAUUAGAUGGCAAAAUAGAUAAGUAUAAAUGCGAACUUUUGAUUUAUACUGUUAAAUAUAUUCCAAAGGUCUGCGAAUUUUUUCCGUAAAAAAAAACAUUGUAAUAAUUAAAAUCUUAUGCCUCGUAUUCCUGCUCAACUUCAAAAUCGUUUAAUAGUAUUUGUCACUCAUAAAAAUGUAUUAAAAACCUUAAAAAAACUCAAACCAAAAGCAUUUAAUUUGGCGUCUGAACCAGCCCCGCGGAAAAGUAUCGCUGUUUCGCUUUUUAUUAUGACGUAAAACGGGACGGCGAUAGUUUUUCGCACGUUAAAAAUGGCGAAUUGUCCAGAUUUCUUUCCCAAUCAAUCUACGAUUUUAGCUAUUUUUUUUAUGAAAUCUAUUUUUAAGUUCUGAUUCCUUAACCUCUGAGCUGCCGACCACGCGAUCCGAUUUACAUCCGCAUCUGCCGCGGGAAAUCAAUUUUUCGAUCGAGUAAGGAGUAUUUCCAAAGUUAUAGUAAUAGCGAAUAAAAUAAAAAACGUGGCCGGUAGUGCGAGCGCUGAUCAGAGCUUAAGCAGUUGAGAAGUUAACACGUGUUAUGUUAUUUUUUAAUUCUAUCUGUUUGAACCUUAAAACUAUACAAGUAUUUGUGAUUUUUCAGAGAAUUUGUUUAUAUUAAAAAUUAUGUAUCUUAUUUGUAACGACAAAAUCAGUAUAGAUUAGUUUCACUGUAUUAUGAACCAAUCAGAACGCUCCGCUCAUUGCAAGCGUCACCUGAUUGGUCGUAUGUAGUAAUUCUUUAGUUGUUUAGUUUAAUAUUGUACUCACAGCUAGUCCUUGUAAAUAAAUGCUUUUUGUAAUAAA